UAACGCGCGAAAACACAUGGAAACCGACAGCUAAGGCGAAUGACUGACCUCGAGCGCGAAUCUUUUUUGAUGUGUAAAGCUCGCUCGGAAAGUUUUCCAAUCCAGGUUUGAAAUGGGAUUAAACUGGCACCUAAGAGCUUCUUCAAAGGAAAGGCAUUUCGCGUCAGGGCAAAAUACUCUAUGCUAAAUUGAACUGGAAACCUAACACCGCCACUUAUCGACUGCUGCUGUACGUAGUAUUCUAACCGGAAGGUUGCAAGAAAGCGUAAUCUUUUAGUGAACUAACUUGGCUAGAAUGGAUCCUCUACGAAAACGAACUCAGCAAAAGGAUACUUUAAACUGGAGGUCUCCUCCAAGUCCGUGCGGACCUUCUUCCCCUCAAUCGCCUCCUCCACUUGUUGUGAGAGGCAAGAGUCUUUCGCUAAACAGGGUCGCCGCUCCGGCGUUGUUGAGUCCAAUCCGCGAAACUGGCGCUAAGGAACUAUCUAAGAGAGGCCGAAAACAAAGACUUUUACUAUCCCAAGCUGGGAAUCUUACUCUGAAACGAAGGGAGACAUCACCAGACUUCAAUAAGCUUGAAGCUAGACUGAAACCCAAGCGAGGUCCUCUUCCAAUGAGAAUGCGAGCUCUGCCUCAGUCAUUUUGGCAAGAACCAAAGGAUAUCCAGAAUAGCUCAAUGAGCACAGAAGGGACACUAUCAUCAUUACCACCAUUAUUUCACAAUGCCAACAACACAAGUUAUGAUGUUAGCAAAGUAAGGCCAGUGACUCCUCCAGAAGAGAAAUAUUUGCCUCGACCUCCAAAGGAGCCUAAGUUGGUGAUUACUUCUCCACAAGAACAACUUUUAAAAUUAUUUGAGACUGUAGAGGAGGACAAGACAAAGAAAUUUGUGAUCCGAAGAGGAAGACCAAGAAGAGUACAGUCAGACUUAACUCACUGCCAGUUGCCAAAACUGGAAGAGGACCCCUGCAUGAUGGAUAGCCUGGCAGAAAAGAUGUUUCCUCAACUUUCACUUGAAAACUCCAACAAGCAGACUACAGGGGCUAAUACGUCACUCUCUUGUGUAUCAAUUCAUGAGGGUGACAAGUCUGUGACUUUACCUUCCCUGAAUGUGGAGCAGAAUUACUCUCAGAUGUUGUCGGAAAUUGUUGCUCACUUUUGAGAAUUGAUGAGGACUAGGGACAGAACAACUGAUCAGUUUUGGCUGUAAGAGCUAAUUUACAGCUCAUUAUGUGGUUCCAGGAGAGAUUAGGUACUCAUAUGAUCUACAGUGUGUUUACUGAUGACAGGUGCUUGUAGAGUCUUUUCACAGGGUUUUCCAUAGUUUAUAGUGCAAAGGUGCAUUUUAAUGGCUAAAAUGUGGAAGACAAUUUGGACAGUAUGAUGCGGAAAAUAACAAGAAUUAACAUAAUGGGAACAGCGCACAUUUUAGCAGUUACUUCCUCCCAUAAAAUUAAUGUGAGCCCUGUUUUGUGUACCCACAAGCUUUUAUAUAGGCAAAUCUCUUGUGAUGAGCAGGAAAGUGCUUAAAGAUCUGCAUCAAGGUUUAGCAAGGUGUGUUAUUACCAUGUUAAAUAUAGCAUUGGUAUAGAGUGUGCUGCAUAGCAGAAUAAAUUUCAGUGUUUCAAUAUUUUCCAGGCAAUAUCAACUAAAAGAGUAGGGCCUGACCAGUUAAUGGUGCCCAAGGGAAAGACAUUUAGUGCUAGCAUGAUGUAAGUUACAUUAUAUAAAUUUAAAUGUUCCCAAUUCACAGAAUGCCUUAAAUCCAUAGCAACUUAUUCUUAGCUAUGUUAAUGAAUGCCUUUGAACUCUCAAUACAUGUAUUGUAAUCGUAUUAAUUAUUAUUAAGGUUGCAAAAAGCUACUCUGUUGUUUAGUUGUUUGUUUAUAAGUAUAUAUUAAAAUGAAUACAAACCAUAAUAAUUUUAUGCAACAGUUCAGCCAGAGUUUAAACAUUGGUACAACAGUGUUUGAGUAUUGUGUAGUUCCAGAAAGUAUCCAUAUCCACCCCAAGGAAGAUUAACAGAAAUUCCAAGGGGGAGGGAGGGAUUCAAAAGCCCAAUGUUUUAAAGGAAAGUAUGGCACUAAAAUGGAAUUUCCAGAGGGGUGGGGGGGAGGAGGUUCAAGCUGAAAAACUUUCCGUGGGAGGGGCAUGGAUAUUUUCUGGAACAACACAUUCACUGCCUAGUGAUAUAUCCUAUGGAUAAACACACACAUUUUCAUGUUUUAGAGAUAGAGAAGAAAUUUCCUCUCUGCAUAAUUCAAUUUAUUUUGGAUAAGAAACUAAAUAUGAAGUUACAUUACAAUUUUGAUGACUACAAGUACUUUCUUACUCAUGAUGUAAUGGGUUAAAUCAAUUCUAAUUGUGUCGCUGGUAGUGAAGUGUUUGACAUGAAAUUAUAUGUUUGCAAUUGUCUGGAAAUGGCUAAAGACACUGUAAGUGAACUUCUAACAUCCCUAGCAAGGAUCAUCUAUUUAGCAUCUAGUCAGGUUGGAAUUCUUUGUAGAUGGUUCUACACCAAUUUAGUGUACCAUUAAUUUGACCAUCUCAAUGAUCAGAUAAUAGUAUAUAUGUAGCAAAACAUAACUUCUUUGUAUGGACCCCAUCAUACUAGUUUUAUUUAAAUUUCCGGUGGCAAUGUAGAGAGUGGGCAGUAAACCAAUACAUAAAGGUAGAAAAUGAUAUAAAUGUAUUAGUUACCACCCAUGUUGGUAUAAAUUGCGUAGUUCCAGCAAAUAUCCAUACCCUUCUGUGGAAAAAUUUUUAGUUUAAACCCCACACCAUUCUGGAAAUUCCAGUCUAGCUUCAUACUUUUCUUUAAAAUUUUGGCUUUUGAAAGCCUCCUCCUCCAUAACCCCCAUGGAGUGGGUAUGGAUAUUUUCCUGAACUGCACAAUAAUGGAAUACAUUAGAGAGGGAUAAAGAUGGGUGUAGGAUACAUUAAGGGGCUAUAGAUGAUGUUGUAUAUAUAUAAUGUACUUGUAAAUACAUUUGUAAAUAAAGAAUAUUAUUCUUGUUGAA